CACCACCCCAGAGCCCACCACGAACCCCAGUAUGACCCCCACCACGACCCUCACCACCCUGGAGCCCACCACAACUCCAACCGCCCCCACCACCCCGGAGUCCACCAUGAGCCCAAUCCUCUCUGAACUGACCACAUUCUUCAAGAUGCCAGAAUUAACCUCACUGUCUGCUAUCUUGGAAUACCCAGCCCCCACCUCACCAGCCCACCUCCCAAAGGCCCACGAGGUGGUUCAAGGGAAUUUGGAGAGCUCCAGAAAUGACCCUUUGCUCAGCCCUGACUUCUGCUGUCUCCUCUCUCUGGGCUUCUAUAUUUUGGGUCUCCUCUGGCUUCUGUUUGCCUCUGUGGUCCUCAUCUCGCUGCUGGCCUGGGCCCGGCACGCAGAGCCACAGGCGCUGGCCACAGCCACGCACACCACGCACCUGGAGCUGCAGAGGGGAAAGCAAGUGACCAUGCCCCGGGCCUGGCUGCUCUUCCUUCAAGGGUCACUCCCCACUUUCCGCUCUAGCCUCUUCCUGUGGGUGCGGGCCAAUGGCCGCAUGGGGCCUCUGCGGGCAGGACGGCGGCCCUCAGCCCUGAGUCUGGGUCGGGGUCAGGACCUGCUGGGAACAGUGGGCAUUAGGUACUCUGGCCACAGCCUCUGAGGGUGGGUGGUUUGGGGACCUGCAGAGGCUGUGAUGGGCUUUCCUACUGGGAUCUAGCUGGGGGGAGGGGUGGGCAAGGAGCACAGGGUCCGGGGUCUUAGCUGCUUUUCCUUUAUCAGAAGCCGCCUCUUCCUACCACAUGCACAACCUCAGUGAAGGAUCAGGGGUGAAGAGCGGGGCGGGCCCUAGAACAAAGCUCCCGAUGCUGCAGGAGAGGGUUGCAAACCACUAGGUUGUUACCAUCACCUUGGGGGAAGUCUGGAAACAGCAAAGGGAACGUAGCAGGAAUCUCACACCCAUGUACCAGAGGGAGCUGGGAAAGCGCUGUAUCAAGAUGGGAGGCCUGAUAGUCCCUGGGGAAGCAGAAACACGGUGGUUUUCUUUUCUUUUUCUCUGCUGGACAUUUCUAGCUAUACAGCCUUGCACGUUAUUUGUGGAAUAAAAAAAAUAACUUAAAAAAA